CUUCCUUCUUAACCUGCAAACAAAAUGGCUUCCAACUUGGAGUCUUCGCUUGCAGCAAAAGGAUCAGAUACGAUAUCGGACUAUACUUGUUCAGCUUGCCAGGAGCUAGAGGCUCAGUUUCACUGUGAGGAAUGUCGCAAGAGUUUCUGCGACAGCUGUGUGAAACUGCACAACCCACUUUACAAGACUCAUCCUGUGUAUGGCCGAGAACAAAUGGAGAAAUGGCCGAUUGCCAAAUCAACGGUUGACUUGCUGGAGAAAUGUGCAGAGCAUAGCGACGAGAAAAUAAAACUAUUCUGCAAGGACCAUAGCCAACUUUGUUGUCUUGUUUGCUUGGCACGCCAUCACAGAUCAUGCAGUAACGUCAGCCUUAUUAAAGAGAUAAACAAAUAUUCAAAGGAUGACGUCGAUAAGCUCUCAUCAAACAUUGAGAAAAUGCAAGAAGAUUUGAAGAAACUGAAAGAAAAAGGAGAAUGCAAUCUUCUGUCGCUUGAGAGGACGUACCAGCGAAUUAAGGAAGAGAUCGACACAGUGCGACAGAAAAUCAAUAAAGAAUUAGAUCGGCUAGAGAGAGCAACAAUGCAAGAAAUAGAAAAAUUAAUUGCUAACUCUACGAUAUACAUUACUAAAGAAAGAGAUAAGUGUGACAGCAUUCAAGAAAGUAUGCAAUGUCUCAGUAAAGUGAUACAUGAAGUUUGCAACAAGAGCAGUAAACUUCUUUUUAUAGCUUUAGAAAAAUAUCAACAACAGAUAAAGGACUCUGAAUUAUUUCUAAAAGAGUCGAAAGACACACAUGAAUAUGGUAUGGAAUUCGCACCCAGUUACGACAUUGAAAAGUAUUUAUUAAAAUGUGCAGGUCUGGGGAGAGUUUGCCAGCCAAAUAAGGUUAUUUCACUGCAGAAAAAGUCAGAAUAUAGCGUUAAAAUGGCGCCUAUUUUGUCUAUGCGCAGUACUUGUGCAAUCUGUGAGCUCCCUACUGGUGAGACGCUUGUACUGAGCUAUAACCAAAAUAAAGUUAAACUGUUCGACAAGAAAAACCAGUUUUUGAGCGAUUGUGAAGUGUCUUACCAUUCACAUGACAUGUGUCUGAUGUCUCCAAGUAAGGUUGUUGUUACAACUAAUGACGGUGACAUACACGGCUUACAUAUGAUAGCUUUCAGGAAUAACGUGUUGCAGAAGGGAUGGAAGAUUCAGCUGCCUCAUAGAUGUGUUGGUAUCGCCCACCAUCCGGGUGCUCUGUACGUAACUUGCGGUAAAGCUCUAUAUCAGUACACUCUGAUUGGAACACUAGUAAAGAAACUGUACGAGGACACAACAGGAAAUAAUACAGUGUACAAAUGUGCUGUAAACCUCAUGGGUGACAAGAUCUACGUCACCAACAUGGAUAAACACACACUUCUCACACUGGCCAUGGAUGGAACAGUUAUCUCCACCUUUUCUGACAUUGACCUAAAUGUCCCACGGGGUUUUAAUGUGACAGCUCGUGGGCAAGUGCUCGUUUGUGGCUCUCGAUCCAACACAAUUAUACAGUUGGACAGCGAGGGGAAGAAGCUGGCCACACUGGCUACUGAGAAAGAUGGGGUAAAUAAACCAUGGUCAGUCUUCUACAGUUGCAGCAAUGAUUCAGUGCUCGUAGGUGUUGAAAACAAAGACAUCAUAGUUUUUAAAGUAACAUAGGCAGCGACAAAAAUCGUUAAAUAGAACGAUAAAAAGGAUCAUCUAAGGAUUGAGUCUGUACAGUCCACUCUCGUUAUCUCGAAGUCGGCGGGAACAAGAAAAAAUAUCGAGAUAGCGAGAGUUCGAGAUAUCCGAUAAGGCGUUUUCAAACAAAAAAUGAGACGAAAAUUUACCUUGUUUUUAGCAUCUAAAUACCUGCUAAGUGGUCUAACUAAAGCCGUCACCGUGUGGCAUAAUACUCUCUACCUGAUAUGUACACGUUUUUACGAGGCACGAUUAAUUUUGCUAUUAAAUGCUUAAAACGACGUUUUAAGUAUUACAGAAUUGCAUGAACACAUGCAGUUAAUUUUUCUAAACUGUCGAGUAAACAUCCGGUAAAUUUGCUAUUUAAAGUUAUGAUGCAAUUGACGUCCAAUCAAGACGAGGGUUUUCCAUCUGAACAUGCGUAAAUCACGUUCCGGAAUACUGAACUGUACAUGUACAUUUUGUAGUUUGAAAUGCAAAGUUCAAUCGAUUAUUAGUACAGGAUCAAAUAAAAAUGAAAAGCCAUUUUGAGUCUUGUCUUAUUAUCUUUAUUACUCAAUAUCCCCAGAGUAACAGGCCUUACUCAAGUGUUAAUGGCUAACGACAUUACACACGUGUGAUCAUUGAUGCAAUUAACGGAUUGAUUUCCUACCGCACAGUAUCGGGAGCAGCCGGGCGAAGCGGGACGGUGAAGUAUCAAAGACAACAUUUCUCACCUUUUGCCGACACUGGAACAAUUAUUCGCACUUCGAGAUAAACCUCAGUAAAUACGUGUAAAAUCGGGACUCGGGACACAAUUUUAUAUCGAGAUAUCGAAUUAUUCGACAUAACGAAAAUCGAGAUAUGCGAUGUUUAUUUAUAUAGAUAAAGAAGGAAAAAAGUUGGGACAUUGAGCUUACUUCGACAUAUCGAGAAUAUCGAGAUAUCCGAUGUCGAGAUAACGAGAGUGGACUGUACUUAAUGUUCUCAUGUUGAUUUGCAACUCAGCAAAACAAGUAGUGCGUUUUCAACGUAUUAUUUCGUGACUUAAAUAUGCUUAAAAUAACAAAUAAACCACCUGUGUCAACAUAUCAAUAGCCAAAUACAUUUAUUCAAGUCAUUUUUAUGUCCGCCAGUCUAUAUUGUUUUUGCCCUGUCAGUUGGUUUGUUGCUUUGUUGGUUUGUUUGCGUCACACUUUAACAUUGGCCAUUACUUUCUAAUAUUGAAGAUAGAAACUUGGUAUUUGGCAUGCAUGUGAAUCUUAUUGAGCUGCACAUUUUGAUUGGUGAAAGGUCAAGGUCAUCGUUCAAGGUCAAAGGUCAAGGUCAAAUAUAUGGUGGGGACAUUGUGUUUCACAAACACAUCUUGUUUUUUUUUAUACAUUUAAUGCAGAAAAUACCUGUAAACACAUGUAUAUAAUUUUUUAUGUACACGAACGUCCUUAACCCUCAUCCACUCAGAAACGCACUUUGACGCAUUUGAAGUCCUUUAGAAAAUCACAUUAAAUUAAAGUCCUUUCUUAAUGUAUUCCAGUUUAAAAGGCCUCAUUUUCAACAUAAUAAUGAGUAGCAAACAGCAUAACAGACUGCGAGUUACUCGCAGGCUGUUCUGGUUUUAUGCUGUUUUCACAUAGCCAUUUUCACUUUGCUUCUGAGUGGGAAAGGGUUAAAUGGAGAAUUAAAAAAAUCCAUUUUGAAAGUCGUCUGACAAAGUCGUUUGUAUUUAAAAUGUUGGGGCAGAAUAAACACUAUGUACAAAUGUAUGUAUGGCUGCAUACUGUUAUUAACUGAUUUUUUUUAGAUACAAGUAAACGUUGCGAUUCUUGUUUUCAUUUUCGUACUUGAUUUGAUUUUUGUUUUUAUUUUCAUACUUGAUUUGCUUAUUGUUUUCAUUCACGUACAGUAUAUAAUUCUUGUUUUCAUUUGCGUACUUUAUUUGAUUCUCAUUUUCAUAUAUGUAAUUGUUUUGUAGCAAAAAAUGUAGAAGCCAUUGAUUAUUUAUGGCUGCAUAUUAUGAGUAUUAAAUAUUUUUAUAUGGCAAAAUAACACUCUGAUGUAUAUAUUAUUACUUUAUUUUGUGUAUUGUGUGAUUUGUCUUCGCGUAUUAGAUUUAUUAAAAACGUCAACAUAAAUUUUUAU